GCUCAACCAGCAGGAUCGGUUUCAUUGUCGGUUACGUACAAAUGCCGACGACGAAAGAGGCGGCGUUGGCCAAGAUCAACCAUUUGAGAUGCUCUGGGUCAAGCCUGUACCACACGUCGUCGUAUGUCCACUUAGCUGGAUCCGAGGCGAAAGCGAAUCCGCACCCGAUCGCCGACAAUGCGGUCGUGGAAGCGUUUGGAGUGGGCAAGUGUCCGCGCUUGGUGCGACUGCUGAGUGACGACGACGUUGGUGUCUUGGUUCACACGUUGAAAUGUCUCACGGGGGUUCUUAACAACCCUCGGGAUGUGGUGGCUUGCCUCGACGAAAACCACAGCAUUUUGGACCCCCUGUCCAAGCUGCUUUACCACGGCAACGCGGAAAUCCAGCAAUUGGCUGCCGCGUGCCUGCAUUUGAUUGCCAGUCACGCGAAUGGCCGCGCGGCGCUCAUUGCAAAGCGCACCAUGCGCAAGAUCAUGAAGGCGUUUGCUCGCACUGACGAAGUGGUCGUCCAGAACUUGCUCGACACGGCGCUGCAUGUCAGCACCAUCCUCGCAGGCGCACAAGAAAUGACCCAAAACAGUUAUGUGCCAAUUAUCUUGGACAAACUCAAGCAAGAGCCGCUGUCCGACGCCGUCGCGUUGCGCACCCUGCGCCUCCUCAAAGCAUUCGUAAACGACGCCAUGUCCGGCACGGUCUUGCGCAUUGUCGAAGCUGGGGGCGUCGAAAUGGUGUCUCGGUUUGUGUUUUCCAAGUCCAAGACGAUUCAAGUGGCGGCGUUGCACUUAAUUGGCGCCAUGAUGUACUUGGAUCGGGGGAGGGAGCGCGCCAUGACGCACGGCGUCGUGAAGCGGCUGUGCAAAGUCCUCAUGGACAAGGACGCGUCUGUGUGUAUUGCGAGCGCAGGGGCGCUGAUGGUCCUGACGAUCCACGACGACGCCAAGCGGGAAUUUCAAGAAGGAGGGGCCAUUCCUGGGCUAUUGCAACUGCUCUAUCGACAAACGUUUGGCAUUCAGUUGAACGUACUCAAACUCAUUGCGUGCAUUGCGUCGUACCCGCCCGCGAGACACCAAUUGCGAACGCCUCAAAUGGAGAAAAUCAUGCUCGCUUUGACCGACGACGACAGCGAGUUGCUUGCGCGCUCCGCCAAGGUGGCUUUGCACGCCGUGCUGUGGAUGCCUUAACAUGAAGCGUUGUAAAUUUGACGACGCCAUUGGAGAGAAUGGUAAUCUAACCUAACGUUAGUUAGGGCAUCCCCACCAGUACGUGAUACCGAUGAUUGGACAAAAUUAUCCAUUGAUAGCAUGUUAUUGGCUAAUUCGUCAAAACUGUAUUUUACAGUCGCGACUGUAAAUCUGACCGAUUUG